AUGCCUCCCCGGCGUCCUACUGCGACGCAUCGUCAAGCAAAUUGGGCUGUACCAUCGUCAACCUCCUCUCUCUAUAUUCGUCUCGAAGCCCCUACCACGUACCAAUGGGUCGCCAUCGGCACCGGAUCCCGCAUGAGCGGCUCGACGAUGCUUGUCAUAUACCAAGACGGCUCGGGAAAUGUCACGCUGAGCCCUCGCAAGGGACACGGUCAUGAUAUGCCGGCGUAUCAGGCCGUGAGCGGUAUCAAGCUUAUCGAGGGAAGCGGCGUGUCGAAUGGUACAAUGGUGGCCAACAUCUACUGGAAAGAUGCAGGCAUAUCAGGGACUGCUCAGUGGAUCAGUGCCUGGAAGAAGGGUAGCCCACUUGACACGAGCGAUGCAAGCAGUGACUUCGAUGAGCAUGAUGGAACGGACAGUUUCUCUGUUGAUCUCUCUAAGGCUACCGUCAGCGGCACCUCCAACCCUUUCCUCAACUCGUCCAACACAACUCCAAGCGACAAUGCUGUCUCUGGUGGUGGUGGAGGUGAAGAUAAUACUGGCUCAGCGCACGGUGUUAUCAUGGCAGUUGUUUUCCUCGUCGGGUUCCCUAUCGGCUCCGUUCUCAUGCCUCUACUCGGGAAAUGGCUCAUCCAUGCCUCGUGGCAGAUCGUCGCCUUCGUAGGAAUGUGGAUUGGCUUUGGGAUUGGGAAGAUCGCUGCAGAUCGUGACGGCGAUUGGUUUCACGAACCUCAUGUUGUCCUUGGCACGAUAGUGUGCAUCCUGAUGAUCGUACAACCUGUGUUGGGAUGGAUGCACCAUAGAAACUACGUUAAAUACCAACGUCGAACGACAAUAAGCUAUGGACAUAUUUGGUACGGCAGAGGUAUUAUGAUUGUCGGUAUCAUCAACGGAGGCAUUGGGCUGCAAUUAUCUGGUACAUCAACAGGCUUGAUUGUUGGAUACAGUAUUGUCGGCAUUCUUGUCUCUGCUAUUUACGCUGCUGGCGCUGUCCAUAAGAUGGUUCAGAUGAAGAGGAAGGAACACGAAUUGCUGUCGGAUCCAUCAAAUAGCGCUCUUGAAUUGCGGGCUUAG